UGUAUAGAUUUACUGAAAUAACAAAUAAUACUAAUAAUGGCGAACGAAGGGGAAAAGGUCCAACACUUUUGUUCAAGAGAAGGCUGUGAAAAUCAAUCGAAACUGCAAUGCCCAACGUGUUUAAAACAAGGCAUAGAAGGCAGCUACUUCUGCUCACAGGUGAGGCCUCUUUCCUUGUAAUUUACGAUUUUCAAUAGUAAAAUAAUUUCUUGCUGUUUUUAUGCUGACUUGCUGGAAAUUGUAAAAAAUACAUACUGUUGAUAUUUCAAGUGUAAUUUUUCAUAGGAUUGUUUUAAAAAUGUGUGGAAUGAUCACAAAAAGAAACACAAAAAAUCAGGUACUCAUCGCUUGAUAUACUGUCAUAUACAGCCUUUUUUAGCUUUUUGUUUACAAAAUUUAAUAUUUUAAUUAUACUGCAAUACCUUACGUGGCCUGAUAGGAAAUGUUCCAAUUCCUUAUAGAAGCCUUUAGGCACCUAUAGAGCUCUAUAGGUUUAUAAGCAUCCCUAUAGGUCACCUAUAGAAAAUCUUCCAAUUGCCUAUAAAAACCUAGAGGUUUCCUAUUGGGUUUCAUAUGACAUCACAAUAGUGAUGGGGGGUCAACUCUUAGACAAACACAGUUAUCAGAGUGAGUCGAUUGUUCGUUUUAUGUAUUAGCCUUGUGUUUGGUAGCAAAUACAUCACUUCAUAAUGCUGUAGUGAAACCCGAGAAUAGGAACCGUUGGCUUAUAGACUUUUUUGUUAGGGAAUGCACCCAUUAAUUAGGGUCACAUCCAUUUUCAAGGGUUAAUGAAUGAAUUUUGUUUAGAAAUUAUUUAUAGGGAUGAGCCAAUUAAUCGGUAAAUAAUCGGCAAAGCAGAUUUAUCAGCCGUUUUUUAAAUAAUCGGUAAUCGGCCGAUUAUUGCUUGAUAAUCGGCAAAUAAUCGGCCAGAAGACUUUUUCUGCAGCUGCCAAGCACAUGCUAAAAUACUGAAUACAAGCGAAAAGAUUUUCACAUUUCGUUGCAAAACCCAUGUCUUUUGUCUCGAGCGAAGUGAAGCUGGGAACAGUUCCACUGACAAUAUCCUGUUUUACACCAUAAUCUGCCAAAACUAAACUUUGACUAUUGACAUGCAAGAUUGAAGCUGUUUUCAAUUGCACAUAAUGUGUAUUGUAAACAAUAAAACUGCAUUUGCAACUUCAUUGUUGGUCAAUCUUGUGAUUUUUCGCUUGCUUUUUAAAAUAAUCGGCGGGUACCGAUUAAUUGUCCAAUUAGUUACGAUAAUCGGCUUAUAAACAAUUGGCCUCAGUAAUCGGCAAUUUUCCUUAUCGGCUCAUCCCUAAUUAUUUAAGUCUAAUGCACAAUUUUACAAAAACGAGAUAUUUUACUUAGCCAUAAAAAUUCAUGUCAAUACAUUUCAAGGAAACAAAAGUUCAUCUGGCAGAUAUGACCCAUGGCCCGGAUAUAGAUUUAGUGGUCAAUUACGACCAGCAAGACAGGUAUAUAAUAUUUUAAUAUCAGUCUACAGCCUACUUAGAGGCAAAUAUUUUGUAAAUAUAACUAAUCCAUUCAGUUGCAAUACAUCCCUCAUCUACAAUAAUUGAUACGAAAUGUUACCUUAAUGUUGUCUGAUAACCUUUCAUAGAGUUCACAAAGAGAAGUUCCUGCUCAUAUAGAGUAUCCGGAUUACGCUGAAACAGGUUUGUAGUGGUAGCACACCAUUUCAGAAAAUAUUCAGAAUUCAAAGAAGAUCUUGAAUUUUCGAAUUCAAGGACUGUCAAGCUUUGAGUGAACCCUUUUGGCAGUAGUUAUUGACACAUAACUUCUCCACCCUCCAAGGAAAUCUCAAAUAACUUGUCUUCUACUCAUACCUAUCUGACUUUUGCAAGUAUGACAUCAUUGAAUAUUCUCAAAUUAGGGAGCCCUAUCAGCGAGUUAGAACUUCGGGGAAACACUAUGAUUAAAAUUUUGAAUGACGAGGAGAUCAAAGGAAUGAGUCUUGCAUGUAAGGUAAGUUUACUGCGGUUCACAUCAGUAGCUUUAAGGUGCUUGCAGAAAAUGUAAAAAAAUAUUGUUAGGUUAUUAAAGAUUUGGAACUUGAACUAUGGCUGGGCCAAACAACCUAUGGUUGACAGACAUCUUUCCCUUACACAAUCUCCCCUUGCCCUUGGCGAGUAAAAUCAUCUGGUAUUAGACAGAGUAGAAUAAUAAAGUACGAUGCAUUGGGGCACAAUGACUCAAUGAGUACACCAGUUAUUCAGUUAAGCUGCAAUGCACAUGCAAUGUCCCUUCUUUUAUUAUAUAAAACAAACUUACAGUUGGGUCGUGAAGUUCUUGAUGAAGCAGCCAAAGUGGUGAAAGUUGGUGUCACAACAGAUGAAAUUGACAGAGUUGUUCAUGAGGUUGGAUUUGAAUAAUUUUGACAAUCAACAUAUUUAAAGUAAAAAGCAAAUUCCGAAAAGACAAGACAUCUUGGGAAUUCAAUAAUAUAUGAGUCAAAACACGCAGGUUGAGACUGUACAUUGUCGGCUGUUCAUGGUUUUUUCAACAUAUUUUAUUAGCAGACUAAUUACAUGCAGUGAUAAGGGCGUGUUCAAAAAAAGGUCCAGGCACACCGGACACGAUUCGACAACGCGACGCAAUUUUUUAGUUUUUGAAAGUUUAAUAAAACAGCCAAUGGCAAUGAGAGCAAAUUUUUGAAAGAUAUAUGUAGAUUGUACACCAAAUAACUCAAUAUGUUAUAGCGCUUCUAAAUAUUUGGAAAAUUUAAACUAGGAUCAAAGUUAUCGGUCACACAAGGUCCACACAGACCGGACGCGAUUCGACAACGCGACGCGAAUUUUCAGUUUUCAAAAACAAAUAAAACCGUCAACGGAUAAAAAUUUUACAAGAUAUGCAGACCAAAUAGCUAAAAUUGUUUAAAAAGUGGUUCCGAAUAUUUGAAAAAUAUUAAAGUUACUUGUCAUUGAAAACUGAAAAUUGCUAAAUCGCGUCCGGUCUGUAUACCUGGUCUGUAUGGGCCUGUUAUGACUCCCGGUUUCCGAGAAAGCUCACCUGGGAUGAAUUAUUUCUGUGUUCACAGGCUUGUCUCAAAAGGGAUUGUUAUCCAUCACCAUUGAAUUAUCAUGGCUUCCCUAAAUCCUGUUGUACGUAAGUAUCAAGUAUGCAAAGCAGGCAUGCUACCCCGGAAAAUUCAAUUUAAUCUGUACAUGUACAAACUUUCGUAUUAAUGGUACUCUUUUUGAAACAUUCUUAGGUCAGUCAAUGAAGUAAUAUGUCAUGGCAUACCAGAUAAACGGGCGUUGGAAAAUGGCGACAUUUUAAACAGUACAGAAUCUCUAAUAAUUUAUCUUAUAUUGAUUGUUGUAAAAUUUUGAUAAGUUCUCAAAUUUAGUUUAUAACGCGAUUGUUUUCUGCAGUUGAUGUAACAGUGUAUCAUAAUGGUUUCCAUGGCGACCUGAACGAGACAUUUCUUGUUGGUGAUGUUGACGAAGAAAGUAAAAAGCUGGUCAAGAUUACACACGAAUGUCUUGACGAGGCUAUCAAGAUAGGUAAGGUUUGACACAUAUAAAAGUCUUUCUCUCUUGGAUUUGUUUUCAACUUAAUAAAAUCCGACUGCCCACAGAAAAUCCGCAGAAUAUGGUAGACUUGGUAGUCCUGUUAGAGUUGCAUGUAACUGAAUGGACCAUUUGCAUUAUAGACUAAAUUUUGAUCUAAACAAGUCUAGACAAAAAUUUCAUCACAAUCACAAAAUUAGUAAUAUUCCAAAGUUUCGUUGCGAAAUGUUGAUAAUAUAGCCUUGCGAAGUUUGCCGUUUUUAAGUCAUUUUGUAUUACAAACGGGAAAUUGACAGCCCCAAAUUAUUGGUAUGUCAAUUUCCCCCGCGUAAUGCAAAAUGACUGAAAAACGGCAAACUUCGCAAGGCUAUAUUAUUCGCAUACAACAUUUCACAACGAAACUUUGGAAUAUUACUAAUUUUGUGAUGCUCGUUCAAGCUGUGAUGAAAUUUUUGUCUAGACUUGUUUAGAUCAAAAUUUAGUCUAUAACGCAAAUGGUCCAUCGAACUUCACAUUUCAGGAAUCAAACUGCAGUUCCUAGAAAGCGCAUGCACAAAUAACUAUAUAAUAGCAUUGGCAAUAUUGCUUGAUCUAUCAAAAUUAAAUUGCAUGUUUUAGUAAAACCAGGUAUCCGUUAUCGAGAGGUUGGUAACGUGAUUCAGAAACAUGCGAACAACAAUGGUUUGUCAGUUGUAAGAACAUAUUGUGGUCACGGAAUCCACAGGUAAUUUCUCUCCUUAUCAACUUCAAAAUGACCAAUUUAUUGGGUGAUUGUGAAAAGCAUAUAAUAUUUAUCUAAUUGAUGUAAAACUUUUUUUAUUAGAUUAUUUCACACUGCACCCAAUGUCCCACAUUAUUCAAGUAAGUAUACAAAAUAGCGUUUGACAAUUCGAGAUUCCCCUUAUUACGUUUUCGUAGCGCUUUGCAUUGUGGUUAUAGUGGUAUCACUGAUAAAGAUAGCGGCCUCGAAUGAAAAUAUUGAAUGUUUUCGCGAAUAUUUUGCUGUUGGCUAUCGCGCACCUGACCCUAGCUUUUUUUAAAAGUUCAAAAGUUCUUGCACGGGUCAGGACAAAAAAUAAGCCAUCUUGAAUAUCAGUGAUACCACUAUAACCACAAUGCAAAGCGCUACGAAAACGUAAUAAGGGGAAUCUCGAAUUGUACAGAUUUUCGUGCCAAAAACUAUAAUUUUAACAUGGUUAUGUGCCUGCCUUUAGAAAACAAAGCUGUCGGUGUUAUGAAGAAAGGUCACGUGUUUACGAUUGAACCAAUGAUAAAUAUGGGUAAAUAUCUUAAUACCAGACAUACUACUACAGCCCUGGAACAUGCGCAAAAGAAGUGCACCAUAUACUACUAGUGUAUUUUUGAAUAAAUACCAAGGCUUCGCACAGCGAAUAUAAAACGAUGCCAAACUUUGUUUGGGCAUCGCAGUUAAUAUAUUUCUCAGAAUUAGCAGUUAUUGUAAUUUUGUACUAAAAGGAUGUGUGAAAUGAAGAAUAUAGCUAUUGGCUACAAUUUCUUCAAAAAAUUUACGAAAUUCGCUACGAAACGACCGCCAUUUUGUUUUGCGCAAGCAGUGUUUCCACCUUUCAAAACUGAAAUUUCCUUCAAAUUUUCAAUAAGGAAAUUUGCGAAUCGAUUUUUCCUGUCUUAUUCGAACCCUUGACCUUUUUUUAAAGGUACAUGGCGUGAUGAGGUGUGGCCUGACAACUGGACCGCUGUGACACAGGUACGUGGCAAACUUGAAAGUCAAUUUUUUUGUAUUAGAAUCUGCACCCCCAUGUAACCCCAGAAAAAAACGAAAGUCAGCACCAACUAGCGCAUACUGAAAAUUAAAUUGUAUAUAACUUGCAAUGGUAGCACGAGGGUCAAUUUCUCUAAAUCAGCAUCCCUUCCAAGAUAUGCCUGCGAGUAUCUCGCAUUAAAAUAUGACUGUACACAGCUGCUCACAAAUGCAUGAAAACCCCCCAAAUAUUACUAAAAAAAAUUUGUUGUGUAGAAGUGUCAAGAUCUUCUCGUAUGUUCUUAAAUAGGAUGGUAAGCGUUCAGCUCAGUUUGAACAGACACUGCUGGUCACUGACACUGGAUGUGAUAUUCUGACGAGGAGACUGGAUGCUGAUGGAGCACCUUACUUCGAAACACAGAGUUCAAAUAUUACAUAGAGUGAAUUAUACAUAAAGCUUAUUGUAAAAUUUACUCAUUCUUUGACAAAAACCUGAAAAUUAUAAAAACCGGAGAAAGAACAAAAUGGAGUGGAAUAAAGGAAAACCCGUUUAAAACUUUGGCGUCUAAGAAUAUGGAAUAGAUAUGAUAGAUUAUGUUUGCUUAGUUUUAUAUUUUGGUAGGGGGCCAUCAUCACUUGUCAGAAAAUAUUUGAAAAAUAAGGUUUCCAGGCGGGGUCCUGCAUCUUCUUUGCUAUAAAGCUAAGGGGGAGGGGACACAACCCCUGCGACCACAAGUAAAUCCUUCCCUGCUAAUUAGGUUACCACAAUUUUCUUGCCUGUACACUACGAAAAACAUGCUCAUAAUGAACAUAUUUAUAAUGAAGAAAUACAUUUUUAUGCCUUACAACAAGAUAUUGCAACCCAUACGAAACAUUCCACAUCAUACAAGUUCAGUUGUUUAUUUUUAAACUUUACGUAGACGACACACAUUGGAACUACAACGAAUGAGAAAUAUUAAUUUUGACUUGAACGCCUCAACCUUUAAGAUAACGGCAUGGUUUACUAUAUAGAAUAUGUUUUUUCAAUAAUAAACAUUUACUUACAAAUAUUUGGAGCUCUCAAAAUUUGAUCACAGUUCGUAAACUAGGGAGAAAAACAAUUAUUAUGCAUUGUACCAUACAACUUGGUCCUGUGUUACUACAGGAGGGAACUGAAAUUCACUGACAUUAUAAAAAG